GGUGCCUCGCGGUCGCCCCCGAGCGCCUUCUCCGAAACAGGCAUCUUGUACCCCCAACCACAUGCCCCUCCCUGGGGUCCCGGGUCAACAACGAUUGAUCCCCACCCGCGGCUUCUGAUCCCCGAGUCCCGAUGAGCCCCGUGGAGGCCGCGGUCAAGCCGGGGCGCUUCUUCGGCGUCUACCUCCUCUACUGCCUGAACCCUCGGCAUCGGGGCCGCGUCUACGUGGGGUUUACUGUCAACCCUGCUCGUCGGGUCAGGCAGCACAACGGGGGCCGUAAGAAGGGCGGGGCCUGGCGCACCAGCGGACGAGGGCCUUGGGAGAUGGUGCUCAUCGUGCAUGGCUUCCCGUCUGCGGUGGCAGCCCUCCGGUUCGAAUGGGCCUGGCAGCACCCGCAUGCCUCGCGCCGCCUAGCGCACGUGGGGCCGCGCCAGCGCAGCGAGGCCUCCUUCGCCUUCCACCUGCGUGUGCUGGCGCAGAUGCUGCGCGCGCCGCCCUGGACGCGCCUCCCGCUCACGCUGCGCUGGCUGCGGGCCGACUUCCGCCAGGAGCUGUGCCCACCGCCCCCGCCACACAUGCCACUCUCUUUCGGGCCACCCCCACCCCGGGCCUUGGCUCCGAGGCGCUGCGCAGGGACCCUUGCGGACACGGAGCCCUCGCCUGAAGCGCAGCAGGAAUCUGAGGUCUCCUGCACCCUGUGCUUUCGGGCGCUGCAGGAUGCAGAGGGUCCCCUGUGCUGCCCGCACCCUGGAUGCGGCCUGAAGGCCCACGUGAUUUGCCUGGCGGAAGAGUUCUUGCGGGAAGAACCAGAACAGCUCGUACCACUAGAGGGCCAGUGCCCUAGCUGUCAGAGUUCACUGCUCUGGGGAGACUUGGUGUGGCUGUCCAGGACGGGCAUUGGGGAAGAUGAUGACGGCUCAGAAGCAGAAGAGGAGCACUGGACGGACUUGCUGGAGACCUGAUUUUCUACCACCUGACGCCUUUCCUC